AUGAAUAAAACGUUUUCAGCUACAUAUAAAAUACCACAUGUAAAUGGACAUUAUGAAUAUCAUACACCAACUCAUGAACGUGUUCAAGUAAAACACGAAACGCAAACACCACUAUCAAACACCACAACAAAAAAUGAAGAAGAACCAAUGGGGAACGGCCAUCAUUCAAGUUCAACAGAGGAUAUGAGUCAAGGAAAAGAUGUCGAAAAUUGGUCAUCACAUGAUGUUAAAAGAUGGAUUAAAGUUCAAUGUAAAAAAUUUGAAUUGAAAAAGAUAAUUAGUGAAAAAUUUGAAAUGAAUGGACGUGGUUUAUCCUUAUUGUCAAAACAUGAUUUUAUUCGUCGAGCACCCGAGGGGGGAGAAGUUUUAUAUUAUGCCUUACAGAAAUUAAUCAAUCCAAAUAAAGAGAAUGCCGCCCGUCUCGAUCAAAGUUUAAUUCGAAAUUCAUCACGUCAAUAUCGUAUUGUUGAACUCGGAUCGGAUGCCGAAGAAGAAAUUGAAAAUGGCACAUCGUCAUCAGCACCAAUUGUGGAAGAGCCAGACGAUGUUUCAUCGUUCUCACGUUCACGACAAUCACGUUCAGAUACAGCAGGCUCUCACCAUAAUAGCAAUAAUUCAUUUAAUAAUUUUCGUAUGCCAUCCCAUUUUAUCCAUCCUGGAAUGGCUUACGCUCAUAAUCAGAUGAUGUACGGUGUAGCACCACGUUUUUAUCACCCAAAUGCUGCAUUUGCUCAUCCCCAGGCAUUUUAUCAUAAUCAUGCACAUCCACAUUUUCAUCAUCCAAUGACCGCACCUUAUCAGAAUUACAUUGGCGUUUUUGUUGAAGAAAUUGAUAAUCCAGCAACAGCAGCAAAUGUAUCAUCAAAUCUUCAUAAUACAACAGCUGGAGAACAGUUGUAUCUUGUCACUAUCAACGGUCAACAGUAUGUAAUGAACGAAAUGAAAGUAAAACAGUUUUUGAUCGAAGUACAACAGCAACAACAACAACAACAGCAACAGCAGCAACAGCAAUAUCAAUUUCAGCAUGCACAAGCACAACAACAGGCUGCAGCACAACAGCAAUAUCAACAGAAUCAAUCACAAUCUGGCAGCACUUUAAAUUCAAAUAGUCGUCCUACGAUGCCAAAUCAAGAGAACGCGAAUGGAGCUUCAUUUUACUACGCUUAA